GAACGAUCCCAAAACCCCCCAAAGCCCUCAGGCUCACCCACUACUCCCCAUCCUCCCUUCUCGCGGCUUGCUUCGCUUCUUUCCAUCAUCCUCUAACCUCCCAGCGAAAAAACCAGGGCUGGAGACGAUCGAUGGCCGCCGAGAACAAACCCAAUUCCAGCUUCAACAACAGCAAGGGCAAGAAGAGGAAAUAUCUCCCCCAUGGCAAACCUGUGAAGAAGGGGUCGUAUCCAUUGCGUCCCGGAGUGCAGGGUUUCUUCCUUACCUGCGACGGGGGAAGGGAGCGCCAGGCCACCAAUGAAGCCCUCAAUCUUCUCGAGACCUUUUAUGAAGAGCUUGUGAAUGGGAAGGAUUCAGGUGCAAAAUGUAGGACUGUUCCCAUGAAACCAUUGAAUAAAAAAAUUAAAUUUAAGGACUCGGAUUCUUCCAGUGAUGAAGAUGAGGCUGCUCCUCAUGUGGAGGAGUCAGAUACUGAGAAAAAAGCAGCAGAAAGUGAGGACACGCCUUCAAAGGAGCAGCUAGAAGAUGGGGUUCCUUGCAAGGAGGGAUCGGAUGCUGAGAAACAUGUAGAAGAAAAUGAGGAAUUACCAUCAAAGAAACCGCGCCUAGAAACAGAUACAUCAAAACAUGAUCAUACAGAAUCUGAUAAAGUUACUGAUAAACCAAUUGACGAGUUAAUUGAAGAUGAGCUCCAAGAGUUGGGAGAUAGAAACAAGAGGCAUUUUGUGAGUCUUGAGUCAGGUUGUAAUGGUGUUGUCUUCAUUCAAAUGCAUAAACGAGCUGGAGACCCUAGCCCUGUGGACAUAGUACAUCACAUGAUGAGUUCAGCUGCUUCAACAAGGAAACAUAUGUCAAGGUUUAUAUUAAGAGUUUUACCAGCUGAGGUGACAUGUUAUGCAUCAGAAGAGGAAAUAAAAAAAGCAAUUAAACCACUUAUCGAACAAUAUUUUCCAAGUGAAGCUUCAACUCCAUGCAAGUUUGCAGUGUUGUACGAAGCACGUGCUAAUGCAGGUAUUGAGAGGAUGGCCAUCAUAAAUGCAGUAGCAAAGUCAGUUCCCCAGCCGCAUAAGGUGGAUCUCAACAAUCCAGAUAAGACCAUCAUUGUCCAGAUUGUCAAGACUAUUUGCUUGGUUGGUAUGGUUGAAAGGUACAAGGAGCUUUCCAAGUACAACCUCAGGCAAUUGACGUCGCCACAACAGUAGUCCUGUGAUGAUCUUGGAAGAACUGGUAGAAGAAGUUGAUUUCUUGCAUGCUUCAUCGCCAAGACAUUGUUGAGAAAAUCUAGAGCUGAGGAGAGUGUCGAAGAACCUGUCUGGGCAAACCAUAUGCCUGACAUUUGCUAAGAUAGUGUAUUUCUUGAAAAUGGCUACAGCUGGAUGAGGCCUCUCAUUUUCUAAUCCAAAAGCAUGUGAUCCAAUAUUUCCAGAAAGUAUGUAGGUUAUCCGGAUUUAAUUUUGAUUUGCUAAUUUACGUGUAGAAAAAUAAUCCACAUGCUUGUCAGAAUCUGGUUCUGUUUUAAAUUUUCUAAAUUUUAUAAUCAAUAGAAACUAUUGACUUGCAAAUA